UAUUUUAAAAGUAAAGGGCAAAAAAUUCGUUUAACAAUGUGUGACACACAUCUUGAAUGACUUUCCCUAGAUAUUGUAGCGUAAACAAGAACAGCAUAUAAGUAUUGAUUUUCUGAUCCUUCACGAAUUACUCAGGAAAAGUAUUGAAAGACAAAAUGCCUUCAGAGAGGGAACAGUUGAACUUGGUGUUGAUACCUCUGUUGUCACCAGGACACAUAAUUCCCAUGAUUGACAUGGCCAAAGUGUUGGCAGGGCAUGGUGUGACAGCAACUAUCAUUACCACAGUCAAGAACGCCGGUCGUUUCAAUGCAGGAAUCGAUCGUGUAGCUGCGUCCGGACUCCCCAUUCGACUUCUUCAAGUCCCAUUUCCAUGUGAGAAGGUUGGAUUGCCCAGGGGAUGUGAGAGUCUAGAUAAUCUACCGUCCUACGACUUAGUAAGGAACUUCUUCGAUGCAAUUGAUAUGCUGCAGCAGCCAGUUGAAAAGAUGAUUGAAGAGCUAAUUAAGCCAAGUCCAUGCUGCAUCAUCUGUGAUAAAUAUAUCGCCUGGACCGCACAAACAGCUCGUAGAUUCCGGAUUCCAUGGAUUUCUUUCGACGGCAUGAGUUGUUUCACUCAACUGUGCAUUCAUAAUUUGCAGAUGACUAGAAUUUACGAGGGCAUCUCUGAGGGGCAGCCUUUUGUUGUGCCUAAUAUGCCGGACAAGAUUGAAUUUACUAGAGCUCAGCUUCCAGGAGUGUUUAAUCCGGGCAGCUCCAUGGCAGAUCUGAAAGGUAUUCGAGAGCGGGUGGAAGCAGCUCAAGUAGAAGCAUAUGGGGUGGUUGUCAACAGCUUUGAGGAAAUGGAACAAAGAUAUGUACAUGAAUUCCGAAAAGUGAAGGGGGGUAAAGUUUGGUGCAUUGGGCCUUUAUCAAUGAGCAACAAGGAAAACUUGCAUAAAAUUCAGAGAGGAAGUGAAGCUGGCUCUUUCGAUGAAGACCUGUGCUUGAAAUGGCUGGACUCGAGGCAGCCAGGGAGUGUAAUAUACGCAUGUCUUGGGAGUCUCGGCCGCCUCGCUCUUCAGCAGUUCACAGAGCUUGCGUUAGGACUGGAAGAAUCCAAUCAUCCGUUUAUAUUAGUUGUAAAAGAAGAAAAGAAAGAAGAUACUGAGAGGUGGAUUGCAGAAGAUGGAUUCGAGGAAAGAACAAAAGGGAGAGGCCUUCUGAUAACAGGGUGGGCGCCUCAGGUACUAAUCUUAUCUCAUCCAGCAAUUGGCGGAUUCUUGACACACUGCGGUUGGAACUCAACCCUUGAAGCAGUUUCUGCUGGUGUGCCGAUGAUUACAUGGCCUUUGUUUGCUGAGCAGUUUUUCAAUGAGAGGCUAGUGGUUCAAAUCUUGGACAUUGGAGCCAGUGUCGGAGCUAAAGCUGUAAGGCACCUGGGAGAGGAAGAGAAGUCCGGAGUAAGUGUUACAAGGCAUGAAAUCCAGAAGGCCAUCAGCAAGGUAAUGGACGGGGGAAUAGAUGGAAAAGAAAGAAGGAAAAGAGCGAAACAAGUAGGGGAGAUGGCCAAGAUGGCAGUGGAAGAAGGGGGAUCUUCUGACCUCAACAUUGAACUGCUAAUACAAGAUAUUAUGCAGCUAGCGUAGCGAACAAAGCAACAAUCCAAUCUCAUUUCAAGGGAUGAAAUUUGGAACAACCAUAUUUUGAUCCACAGAAAUAACACAAGCUGCAGAACAUGCACUCAUUUUCCAUU